CCCUCUUCGUUCUGCGGCACAUCACCGUUUUCAGUCUCAUCGUAGCCGGCUUUUUAUAAAUUUCGUAGCAUCACGGUGAGCGACGUCAAUCCCGAAUGAGAGCCAUCAUCGUACGGAAACUUCAGAGUAGUGUUGUGAAAUUCAGUUACUGCGGCUAUCGAUACAAGUACACGGGCUCAGAAAUGGCGGAGGAAUCUACUUCGGACUACAAGAAGGCAUCGUCGGUGUACGAUUUCACGGUAAAGGAUGGCCAGGGAAACGACAUCAGCUUGGAGAAGUACCGCGGCAAGGUGCUGCUGAUCGUUAACAUUGCGUCGCAGUGUGGUCUCACCAAGGGAAACUAUGCCGAGCUGACGGAAUUGUCCAAGAAGUACGAGGAUAAAGAAUUCAAAAUUUUGUCGUUCCCGUGCAAUCAGUUUGGUUCUCAAAUGCCCGAGAAGGAUGGAGAAGAAAUGGUGUGUCAUUUGAGGAGCGCAAAAGCUGAGGUUGGAGACGUGUUCGCGAGGGUCAACGUCAACGGCGACGAAGCCGACCCGCUGUACAAGUACCUGAAGCACAAGCAGGGUGGUAGCUUGGGCAGCUUCAUCAAGUGGAACUUCACCAAGUUCCUAGUCGACAAGGCUGGUCAGCCGGUGGGCCGUUUUGCGCCGACCACCAACCCGCUGGACAUUGUGAAGGAUAUUGACAAGCUGCUGUAGAGAGUUGCUGUGAGCGAUAAUAUUUCCCAGUAGAUGUGAUUUUUAUUAACUGCACCGCUUUUGCAUUUUUUGUUGUUGAAUUUUGUCCGAUAUUAAAAAUAUUCAAAUUUGAUGCUUUAAAAUAAAAAAAUAAAAAUAAAAUAAA